CCUGCUCUACGUACUCCUCUCAACGUCGCCGCUGAAAAUAUUAUGCUUCUACUUGCAACUUUAUCCAGACCACCAGUCCGCCGCCGUUUACUCCCUAUAUGUCUACUGCACCACCGCAACAUCCACGCACAACCACCACCAGCACCUCCUCCUCCUCCCACUAUUGAAUACCCUUUGAGUCAUCCCAUUUACGCCAUUUGGGCUGCUAACACUUCACUCGGCAAGACCCUCGUCUCCGCCGGCCUUUCUAUCACUUUUCUCAACUCCUCCUGCUCUUCUAAGUCCAAGAAAUUUGUCUAUCUCAAGCCAGUCCAAACGGGUUUUCCGGAAGACUCUGAUUCCCGCUUCGUGUACUGCAAAUUCUCUCAGUUUUCCCUCCAGAACCGUCCCAAGUUAUCCGUUUUUGCUUCGAAUCAUGUUAUCAAUACUUCGUUCCCGGCAUUGAAAGCCCUUUUGGGAGAAGACUCCAAAUAUGGGAGCUUUGGCAGUGAAAAAGUUGGGCACUUUGGGGGUGCCUUUGAGAAUUUGGGGUGGUACGAGGAAACGAAAUUAGAAGGGGCUGAAAAUGAUGAAGCAAAGGGGGUGGGGUUGUGUUCUGAAUUGAUUUGUAAGACAAUUUAUGGGUGGAAGGAGCCAAUUUCGCCUCAUUUAGCCUCUGAGAGAGAAGGGGCAAGAGUAGAAGACUCUGAGUUGUUAGAAGUGUUGAUGAGGGGUGUGCAAAGUGGGGAUGAAGAAGGUGGUGAUCGAAAUGUAGACGUAAUGUGUGUGAUUGAGACUGCUGGUGGAGUCGCAAGCCCUGGCCCAUCUGGUACUCUACAAUGCGAUUUAUACCGGCCUUUACGGUUGCCGGCCAUUUUGGUGGGGGAUGGACGGUUAGGUGGUAUUUCUGGAACCAUUUCAGCUUAUGAAAGUUUGAAACUUCGCGGUUAUGAUGUUGUUGCCAUAGUCUUUGAAGACCAUGGUCUUACAAAUGAGGUGCCAUUGUCUUCUUACUUACAAAAUAGGAUCCCACUGUUUGUGCUUCCACCUGUUCCACAAGAUAUGUCAAAUGACCUGGUUGAAUGGUUCGAGAAGUCUCAAACUGUUUUUAGUUCUCUAAAGGACGUAAUGUUGUCUGCAUUUCUAAGAAGAGUGCGGAAAUUACAUCACAUGAGAAAGAAGGCUUGUGAUAUUCUGUGGUGGCCUUUCACUCAGCAUGAAUUUGUAUCUGAAGGAAAUGUUACUGUUAUAGAUUCACGCUGUGGGGAGAACUUUGCAGUUCAUAAGACCAGCAACUUGGAAACAAUUACUCAACAAUUUGAUGCUUGUGCAAGCUGGUGGACACAGGGACCUGAUGCUAAUUUACAGAUUGAGUUGGCAAGGAUUGUUGGCUAUACUAUUGGUCGUUACGGUCAUGUAAUGUUUCCCGAGAAUGUUUACGAGCCAGUUCUUGAAUGUGCUGAACUUUUGCUGGAAGGUGUUGGAAAGGGAUGGGCUUCUCGAACAUAUUUCUCAGAUAAUGGAUCAACAGCAGUUGAAAUUGCUCUCAAAAUGGCAUUUAGAAAAUUCUUGCUUGACCGUGGAAUCCAUUUUGACCAGCUUAAAGUCAAUGCCUCUGAAAGAUAUAUCAAUCUGAAGGUAUUAGCUCUCAAAGGAUCUUAUCAUGGUGAUACUUUGGGAGCUAUGGAAGCACAGGCACCAUCUCCUUAUACUGGCGUUUACCAGCAACCUUGGUACUCAGGAAGAGGUAUUUUUCUCGAUCCUCCAACAGUUUUCCUUUGCAAUGGCAUUUGGAAACUCCAACUUCCCAAGAAGAUUCAGGUUGAAAAUGUGAAAAUGGAUGACUUCUGUUUUAACUUGCGUGACGAAAUUUUUCAGGAGACCAGAGAUGCCUCAUUAUUUGCCAGUAUCUAUUCAUCAUACAUUUCAAAGGAGUUAUCACAUGUUAAUUCUAUACCAUACACUGACAUUGGAGCUUUAAUCAUUGAACCAGUGAUACAUGGAGCUGGUGGAAUGGAAAUGAUUGAUCCCCUAUUUCAGCGCAUACUUGUUAAAGAAUGCCAAAGCCGAAAUAUUCCCGUUAUCUUCGAUGAGGUUUUUACUGGAUUUUGGCGCCUUGGAGUAGAGUCUGCUGCGAAACUACUCUGCUGUCAGCCAGAUAUAAGCUGCUUUGCAAAGUUAAUGACUGGUGGCGUUGUGCCCUUGGCUGUUACUUUAGCAUCAGAGGCUGUUUUUGAAGCAUUUGUUGGGGAAUCAAAGCUCAAAGCCCUUUUGCAUGGGCAUUCCUACUCUGCACAUGCUAUUGGAUGUUCUGCUGCUGUUCAGUCCAUUAAAUGGUUCAAGAAUUCCCAAAGGAAUGUUAAUUUGAUACCUGGAGCAGAUUUGCUUCGAGAGUUAUGGGACACAGAAUUGGUUCACCAGUUAUCCUCACAUCCAGCAGUCAAAAGAGUAGUUACAAUCGGGACUCUGUGUGCCCUGGAACUCAGAGCUGAAGGCUGUAAUGCUGGGUAUGCAUCGUUGUAUGCAACUUCUCUUCUCAAGAAGAUUCGCGAGGAUGGCAUUUAUACGAGACCUCUGGGAAAUGUCAUAUAUCUCAUGUGCGGACCUUGCACUUCUCCUCAAGUCUGCAGCCAAAUAAUGAAUAAACUUAUUAGAAGGCUUGACGAAUUCAGCGAAGUGAAGAACGUUGGGGCCUGUCAACCUUAGGAAUUCUAGUUAUGAAAUGCUGCAGUUGUUAUGUCUACUCCAGUUUUUUGGUUGGAAUUUUGUCUGACCAGCUUUCUCAGUUAGCUGGUUGAUCUAUGACAAAUUUUAGGGGGGAAAGAACGAAAAAGAAAACUUGCUACUUUUUAUUGUUCUGUGGUAUUCCAUUUUAUUGUAGUUCAGCGACAAAUUUUGCUACUUUUUUCUUCCGUUUGAGCUUUCCUGACUUAUUUCUGGAGAUCUUGAGUUCAGCAGAGUAGAUGAAUUUACACUAUUGCAGUAAUGAUUUA